AUGUCGAGGCCGCAGCAGAGGAUGCAGAUGUCGAUGCCGCGCAAGCCAUCUCUCUCUCUCGCUCCGCACGCUGCCCACCCAGGCACCCACCACCAACCAGUAGCUAGCUCGCUCCCCGAGGCGCCUCUCGAGUCCCGACAGGUACGCGCGCGCGGGGGCCGGGCCGUGCACGCCCACGCCGUCGCGCACCCGCUCGUGCCGGGCUUCCUCGCUGGUAUGUACGUCGAGAACGCGGACGUGGGCGUGGCCAGGCGGGUGCUCGAGACGGAGGACGCGUUGGCCGUCGCGUGGAACACCGUUGUCGCCUGCUGUGCGCGGCUCGGCCUCGUUGACGGCGCGCUGGACCACGCGGAGCGCAUGGCGAUGUCGGACCGGCUCGAGCCCAGCCUCGCGACAUGGAAUGUCGUGAUGUCCGGCUGCUCGCGUCAUGGGCGCGACCAGGAAGCGUUCGGCUUUGUUCGGAGCAUGCUGGAGCGAGGGAUGCGACCGGACUCCAGCUCCAUGUCGAGCCUAUACUCAAGUCUCUGGCCACUGGCCAGCUUGGGGCUGCUUGCCCAUGGCAUGGAAGCCCAUUGCUUCUUCCUCAGGCAUCAGCUCGAGCCGGACGUGUACAAUAUAUGA